UUAUAUUCCAUUUAAAGAUAAAACAAAUGGGCUCGUGUACAAUCAUUGAGCACCAGUUCUUUCACAAUUUAUUCUAAACUUUGAAAGGCAAAAAAUAUAUUUGAUUCAGACCUGCAGAUUGCUUAUCUCAACCAUGCUCGAGCAAUUCUACCCUCCUUGCACCUCUGCCGGUCGUGCAGGAUGAGGGCAUCUGCCGGCGAGGCAUCCCCCCGAAUUGACCGAUCAUUGGGCAUCUGCCAAUCCUUGGAUCAUGGCAGGCAUAAUGCCAUGCCAUGUAAACAGGGCGAGCUUGAAUCAAAGUGAACUCUAAUAGAGCACCAGCAGAUUCGGAUCGGCUUCCACUAGUUAAUUCCGAAGCAUCCCUAUAUCGCAGAAAAUCGAUUUCCAAGCCUUCAAUUCUUUAGAAAAUGCUUGGGGUUCAACUCAACUUUCUUGCACAGCCCACAACGUCACCGCGGCUUUUCAAGGAAGGGUCACACCAAGCACGAUAGACGAUGACCUGAUGGCUUGCGGGGAAAUAUGACACAUCUCAGACGAACAAUACAUUCAAGGAUGGUGUGUGGGAAGGAAAACCGCAUUGGGAAUCUCUCCGUGCGGCACGCUCUAAAUGCAUGCCGCGACUGAUGACGGUCUGGCGGGAUCAAGGCUGAAGGGUAGUUACGCUGAGAUGUGAUCAUAAGAGAUAGAACAUACUAGUGCAAGGUGACAUAGGGUUACAAGACGAAAAGUGGAUAUUUAGACAUGGUAAUCUAUUUAAGGUUGGAGGUAGCCACUUUGUGGUAAUUUUACCGGACACUUACUGGUGCGAGGAGCGGUAGGAGCGAGCCUCGCAAGCAAUACAUUCUUUAGGACAAAAGCAACUUAAAAUUUCUCACAAUCACUGAAGAUAAAUUGGACGGUUUGAACGGAGUUUUGCUUAAGGGUUUAUGGUUCUAAUUUAAGGGUUGCGGAGGUUCCGGAUCAUACAGAUUAGUCUCUCCCGGGUAAGGGACUUACAGGUAGGAGGGUUUUAAGGUCAGUGCCAUCACUGAUCGACUGCUACUCCUUGUUGGGUAGGAGGGGCAAGCAAAGAAACAGAGUUUCUUAGGGUUUAGAUCACUUUCUACUCGCAUGGGUAACUUGCUUUCAUAUAUGGUAGCGAAUCUAUAAUUGGGGGAAGCUCUCAAUUUUCUCAUGCAACCGUUGUCUCAUACAGCUGAGAAUCGUUUAUUGGACGUGCGCUUGAACUUUAAACGUUCACAGGCCUGAUAGGUAGGCUUUCACUUGUGAUCUUGGUCAAUGCGGCCACGCUUCCUAAGCUGCUGAGCAGGGUCUAGGCCUCUUCUUGUUGUAUUUCGUUGAUAUAUACUAUUUUGUUCAAAUAUACACUGGGUCGCCGCCGUUGGUUGAACAUUCUUCCGUCUACUCAAGUAUGUCAGAUAAUGUCCACCCUUCGACACGCGGUGUCCACUCAAGUUUUCAGUCAGAUUCCACUUCCGACUCAGCAAAUAUGGAUGCUGAAGCUUCAAUCCCUCGGAAAAGCAGCCUGCCCAUGCCAGCUUCCUCUUUUGGUUGUAGUCAGUGUCCUAAAUCCUUCAAUAGGCGCGAGAAUUUGAGCCGUCACAUGAAAACCCACGAUGUUCCUCGGACUCAUAUUUGUCAAAUAUGUGAAAAGACUUUCACUCGGAGUGAUUUACUAAAAAGGCAUGAAGCCGGUCAUGAAAGAUGGGACAAAAAGGAACCAAAGUCUGAAGGCCGAAGAGGAUCGGUGAAACGGAGGAAGACUUCUGAAGAUCCUGAGAGCCACGAAAACCUUGAAAACUUCAAUUGGACGCCUACAAGUCGAUCAGAAUCAGCUCAUCUAUCUCCAAUGCAACGUGGUCCAUCAUUUCCGACGGAAACAGCAACGGCAAAUUACUCAACUUCCUUUCAAGAGCCCACUGGGCUAAAUGUACCGUUUCUCGAAGCGGCGCCUAGAUCAUUUAGGGCAAGCCAGCCACUAAAUAUCAGCAACAAUGUACCCCAAUCAAUGCCAGUACUUGGUUUCUUACCCCAGGAGACGCAUUCUUUCACGCAGCAAUACCGGGAUUCAUACCAAGACACAACAUUAGACCACCAGUUUCCUCCGAAUCCUCUUGGUAUAAUGGGAUAUUCGUAUCAGAUACCAUUCAGUCAUACAUCCUAUUUGCAACCGGAGAACAACCCAAUGGGAAAUGCGUGGGUUUCUAACGACUUAUAUGCUACCAUGGUUGAAACUGGGAACGAAUGGGAACAUACUGGGAAGCUGUUCAAUCAAAAUGUUCCUGUUUCAGAAUCUAUGCAGCAACAUUUUAGCAACAUUAAAUUGGACAAUUCGGGUCCAACUUCUACAAUACCAGCUAGCGAGCCUCAUUUUGAAUACCAUCAACCUAAAAAUGAUAUAUUGCAACCUGGACCAACACAAUCUGCAAGUGUUGCAAGCUUUUCUUCACCCCCAAAUUUACCUUGGGGUGAAGAAAAAUGGCCUGCUUCAUGGAAUCCUAGCUUGGAUCCAACUGCAAUGUUGGAAGCUGAUCCAAUUGAUCUGCCAUUUAAUCAUCCUUUAUUUCAAAACCAUAACCCAAGAUACGAUAUUUCAGAGUCGACAUAUUACAAAAUGCGAGAUUUCUUGAUAUCUCCCGUUCAUGAAGGUCCUAAUAGAAAACCACUUUUUACAAUGCCACCAUUAUAUGUGGUCAAUAUCUUCAUUGGGCUUUACUUUAAGCAUUUCUCACAUCAAGCACCUGUACUGCAUCGCCCUACCGUGGAUACCAAUCAACUUUCUCCGCCAUUAUUAUCUGCCAUGAUGAUCAUUGGAUCUACUUAUAGUCAGGUUAAGAAUGGAAGACGGCUAGCAAUCGUUUUAAUUGAAGUUAUCGGUUGGCACUUGCUUGCCGCUAUUCGUCUAGAUAUGAGCUUAAUUCGAAAUCCUAUGACUAUUUUUACCGAAGCCUUACUCAUCCACAUGGGAUUAUGGUGUGGAAACAAGCGUGCAUUCAGCGUAUCUGAGUCUUUCAAAGGGCAUGCUGUCUCCCAUAUGCGUCGUUUAUACGAGAGUGAAAAGUCGAAUUUGCCAAAUAGAUAUUCGCCUGUGGAUCAAACAUUAAGAGACCCCGAAGUUCGAUGGAAACGAUGGAUCGACGAAGAGUCUCUCAAUAGGCUUUACUGGGUUGUCUAUGCAACCGAUCGCCAAUUCUCCGCGCUUUGGAAUCAAUCGUCAGCAAUGACAAUUGGUGAAUUGGUAGAUGUCAGCUGUCCUUGCGAUGAAGUCUUUUGGUGUGCCUCUUCUGCCAGCGAUUGGAAUUUCGUGCUUGGUUCUGCGAAGGUACCACAGUCUUUAUCGUUUGCAGCUGCUAUAGGGCCUUUUCUUUUCUCUCCCACUCCAUCCUCGUCUAUACCCCCCUCGGGUCAUUUAUUGACAGGAGAGGAACCUAUAUUUCAACCCCACCACCUCCCAUUGCCGAAUCUAAAUUCCUAUACCGCAUUUCUUGUUCUGCUCGAAAUUCAACGUCAGAUAUUCGAUGCCUCACAAGAAUCUUUAGUUGCUAGCAAAUUCAUCAACAGCCAAGUAUCACCAGAAAUCUACGAAAGUCCACCCGGUCAUCAUCCUGCUUCAUCUCUUUCACAGGCCCUCAGAUCCCGCGUUUCUGCGAGGAGACAAGAACUAGCCUACACGCUUAACCGCUUUUCCAAAACUUAUUUACGGCCUCAUUUGACUAUUCCCUAUUCCACAUCUCAUAUUUUCCACCAUAUUUGUAUUGUUCAACACCACAUCACAAGCCUUUUCCUCCAUAUUCCUUUUACCGAUCUAUUAAAUGCGAUUGGAAAAUCGAGUCAGACGAGUAUUGUGCAUGCUCUAGAAAGAUUGAGAUUAUGGGCACAAGAGGAUCCAGAAUUAGCUAUUGAUGUAGCCGUUCGAGCCGCCACUGCAAUCAUGGAAUCAAAUAGAGAUCUUAAUGUGGAUCUGACAGGCCGAGAAAAAGGAAGCGAGGCACCCAAGGGAACAAAAAGUGAUAUGGUAGAAACAGGGGUUUAUGGAGCCUCAUUAUUGAUGAUGACCCAUGUCAUUCUUUGGGCUUUCGCAGAAGUUGCAGAUAAGAAGCAAAAAGAUAGUCUGAUGAAGAGACUGAGGGGACACAAAAAUACGGCAGAUGACGCAUUCCUGGAGAUAUUGGGGAGUGAAUUGAUGGACGAAGAAGAUAUUGAGGGAUUAACUGGCAAGGGAAAGAACGUAGACCCGGGAAGACCAAAAGUAAAAGGGGUGUCAAGAUCACUAUUUAAAAGUGCGGCAGAUACGUUAAUGCGGUUUGGGACUUGGGGAGUUGCGCUCGACAUGGCGAUGUUGCUACGCUUCAGAGCGGAAGGUUAGAGUGGAGAGAGAAAGAUGAUGAUGAUGAAUUCAACCGGAAUCUUCUGGUAUGAAUGGUAACUGUAUACUAUAUAAUUUUAGACCAAACGUGGGUCGAGUGAAGCUAUAUGACUUCUCUAACAUCUCGAAGGUUCCUGGAAGAUAUCAUUCUACUUACCUUUGGACAUGUAUUUUUAUGUAGAGAAAUUUAUUGAAUACAUUGUUUACUGAGUACCUAUAUGUAGCUGAGAAUAGAGUCACACAUCUACCCACGACAAAAGCAUGACACUCAUCCCCUUGAAUUCAUCUCCUCACCUUCUACUCUCACACUCACCCUCUUCACCAUCCCCUCAUCCACCACAAAUCCAUUCCGUUCCCACGUCCUCACCGCUACAUCCCUCGCAUACAAACACACUAAUCCCUUCCACUCCGGCACCGUCCCUUUCUCCUCCUCACUCAACGCCUCUUCCGAAAACCUCGGAUUCUCCCCCGCCCAUUUCAACGCAGCCUGGAUCAAGAGAUCUGCAUACCCUCUCCCGCGAUACUCCUUCAAAACCGCCAAUCGACCCAGUCGCACAUAAGGCUCGACCCCAUCGUGCAGAGUAGACGCGGGAUUAACUCUAUAAGUAGGAGAGGGCUGGAAAAAGAAUAUUGAAGAGGGAGGGAUUUCUUCGGUCGGCAAUCCGACAAUAAUGCGGGUGUGGGGGAGCGGACGGAGAGUAUCUGGGUAGGGGAGCAGCCGGAGUGUUCCCACUGGGAUGUAGGAGACUGGGGAUUCUUCUGCGGGGAACAAGGCGCGUAGAUGACGAAAUGCACGGAGCGCGCGUCGUCGUUGUCGAGGUGGUGGAUGAGCGGGACGGCGCGUUGUUUGUGCACGGAGCAGAAGUCUUUGAAGAUGGGGAUGGGGGUGGUGGAGGGGUGCGGUUGGGAGGUGGCGGAGAGAUGGCGAUUCCAGUUUUGGAGGUGGUUGCGCGGGGGAAGUUGGAUGGAGAGUUUGUGGGGAGGAGGAGGGUGGAGGUUGGAGGUUGGAGUUUAGAGGGAGGGCGAGGAAGUGUGUGGGGAUUUGACGGGUGAUAAAUGAUGGAUUAUGGACAAUGUUAGAAUUGGAAAUAUGGAAAGAGCACGUGGAAAAUAAGUACAGAUUAGAGGGAGGUGGAACAAUUUAUGCUGAAUUACUUCUCAGAAUCA